CGGAGCCGGAGCCGGAGUUGGAGUUGGUGAUGGCGGGAGCGGGAGCGGUAGGGCCUCGUCCGCGGCCGCUGCUGCUUCUCGGGCCUACCGGCUCGGGUCGUUCUACACUCUUGUUCCGCGCUGCACUAGUAGGUGCCUCCGUUGUCUCCUCGGCUCGUGUGCUGUUUUUGGCGCCGCGGCCCCUGGAGCGGCUUCCGGGCGGGAAAGCAGCGGGAGCAGGAGCCAUCCAGAGAAUCCACUUCCUAUACCCAGCUUCCUUCCAGGAGCUGCUACAGCUGGUGGCCUCCCUGCACCAAACCUUAUCUAGUAGCUCCUCCAUGAUUGUGCUGGAUGGUUUGGAAGAGUAUCUGAACAAUUGUUCCAGUCCCUGUACAGCAGCCCAGCUUGUGGCCCUGCUGCUGGACACAUCUAAUUACUUCAGUCAGAAACGUAGCCAUUUGUCUGUGGGUUGCCAACUGAUUGUUUCCAUGAAGUUUCCUGGAGAAGCUGGGGAAGAAGCAGAACAUUUCUCAGCCAUUGAACACUACUUCCCAGCUCAUCUGUGGCUGCAUCCAGACACUGGGGUGGACAUUGGUUUAGAUAACCAAGGUUUAACCAAGCUGAUUAGAGCACAUCUCUUGCAGCCAGGGACAAAGGAUCAAGAAUGGAUGGUGAAAUUUGAUGCACAAGGUAGCAUGACAAUCUCUCCAUUGCCAUGCAAAAAUGAAACUGAGAAUGACACAGUUUCAGGAAAUAGGCCUUCUGUUUCUGAAGCUGAUGCCACUGUGCCUAGCUCCCAGUCUUAAGGAGUUGCUGAUUGCUUCUGGAUGAUCCUUUGAUCUACAGCAAACAUACCUUCCAUUAAUACGAAAUGUGAUAUUUUUUUUUUGAAUCAAAGUUUGGGUUGAUUUUCAUUUAGACUAAACUGCAAGUUGAUCGGUUAAAAGAAGCCUGGGUUCUGGAAAUAGAAAGUGUAGGUGUUAAUCAGCCAUAUUGUAUGUCCUGGUGUCCUUGUACUUCUGAUUACAACAUGUGCAAUGCAUCAUUCUAGCAGUCCUAGUUGGUGAAAAAGGCCUCAAAAAAACAUAACUUCUGAAUAUUCCUAGAAGGCUCCAAAUCACAGUUGGGAAUGAAAUCAGAGUUUCAUCUUUUUUAAAGCUCAUCCUAUUAUUUGAAAGAUAAAAAAUGAGCUUCCUAUGUGUACAUAGACAUUAGGGCUUCUCUGGCCCUUCCGGAUACAUACUUUAUUCCACAACCACUUUUUUCCCAAGAUCUGCUAUGUUAAUUAAUAGUGCUGAGAUCCUUCCAGCCAAAAGAGAUAGUGGGAACAAGAAGGGAAGGGGGGGAUUUCUGCAUUCUUUUGCUUAGGGUACUUUUGUUUCCUUAUUGGUUUCAAACAGUGCUUUCAGGUGGAAAGCACUAAUUCAAAUCUCAACCCACUUAACACCCUGUUUGAACAAAGGGCCCAAUCCACUGGGUUGAGCUCCAUAGAAAUCUUACUGAAAUAAUGAGAGCUCAAUUAAAUCAUGGGAGUAGGGCUGGACCUUUGUGCUUCAUGUCUGCUAAAAAUAAGCAGCACCACUGAGCUGUGACCUGAUGAAUGGGGCACAUUUAGAGGUGCAAAGUAAUGAGGGGAUUUAUUUUUCAAAUAUUUCCUGGCAUUGCAUUGAUUUUUCAUUUGAUUGGGGUGGGGUGAAGUCCACUGAUUAUUCAUCUCAGAGUGGGCCAUCUUUUUGAGGAUGGAGCAACAUCAUCCUUCAGAUCCAUUACCCCAUCAUUUUCACACUGCCUUCCCCAGCCUGUUUUAGGAGUUUAAUUCAUAUCAGCUCCUGAUAGUCCUAUGCAUUGUUAAGUCAUUGUGGGGGUUCAAAAAGCAGAAACAUGUUUGGGGCAGAAUGGAUAGGCUUUGAGUUGUCAGAUGUCCUUUCCACUAGAAUCUCCAGGGCCAGUACAAACUUGGAGCUCGCACGCAUCUUUUUGUAUUUUUCUUCCAGUGCUUAAUUUUAAGGGGAACUUAAGACUCAUUGAUAUUAAACCAUUGAGAGUUGUUUCUGAUCAAGGCAGUGCCAAUCUACAGUCUGCCUAUCCUUGUUUUAAGGAAUGCAUGCAGAAGUAUGAACCAUUUUAAGUUUAUUUUGUGAUCUGAGCCUCCAGAAAAUGUGGAGUCCUGUGCAAGUUAGAUAACAAGGUGACCUUAGUUUUUCUUGAACCAGAGAUGACAACUCAUGGAUUGCUGUCACACUAAGCUAUGUGGUCUAACUCAAGUUGUGUUAAACUCGAGCCUGCAAAAUCAGAAUUGCAGUUCCAGUUCACUUUCCUGGCUGACUAAAGAUAUAAAAUAGAGAUAAUAUUAAUAAAAAUGAUAUAUAUUUUUGCAUGUAUGUCCCUGAAGCUCCUGAUUUUGCUGAUGUUUUCCUUAGAAUAACCCUGUGGCAUAUUUUAACCAGGAUCUAAUUAUAA